UCCAUGGAAAUUGUAUUCUAACGAUCCGCUUGGUGCGUUAAGAUCUAUCGAGCCAUCUCACCUUCUUCCUUCGAUGAAAUACAUGGGAGAAGGACCGGGGAGAACUAAAAGCACCAAGAGGAGCAGAGAGAUGAGCAGGGGAGACGUACGCGGGCUAUGGUGGAGACAUCUAGUCCUCUUCACUGCGAUCGCUCUGCAGUUAAUUCCUGGUUUGGGUGAUAAUCCAUCAACCUCCAAGGAUGCUGGGGCUAAUGAAUAUUCUAAAUCCAAUGGGAGUACUGGUCGUGUGAUUCUUUUGAUAUUCUUAGGAUUGGUUGCUUUUGUGGCUCUUUCGGUUGUUAUAUUCAAGAUUUGGCAGAAAAAGAAGAGAAGAGAACAAUAUGCUCGGUUGUUGAGAUUGUUUGAAGAGGAUGAUGAGUUGGAGCUUGAACUUGGCCUUCGAGAUUGAGAAUCUUUAAUUCCCCAUUUUUUGUGCACUAUAUUGCCGAGUUAAUUGCUUAUAAAUUUUCUUGGGAUGCUGGAUGUAUGGUAGUUUCGCUCUAAAUGUCGAUGGUGAUUGUCUUAUAUACAUUAUAAAAUUUAUGCAGUGCUACACAUUAUUACUUGGAAUGAUAAAUUAUUUGUCGGCCUUAUUUCUUAAACAAAAUAUUUUGUUUCCUUGAUUUCUUUGUAAAUAAAUUAGCAAAAAUGGAGUAAUAUAUAUUGA